AUGUUUGAGGACAAGCUGCAAUUGCCCGAGGAGCCUGGGCUUUUCCGGGCUCCCAUCACGAAGAGCGCCAAAAACCGCAGAGUCUACAGCGAGGCGCGAAAGUCCUUGGCCGUCCUCCCAUCCACAAGAAGUCUCCCUCGCAGUGGGGAUUCCUCCGAGGACCUAGGUCAAGAGCAUGCCUCCACGCGAUGGAAGCAUGCGUCUACCGCGAUCCUCAAGGGCAUCCGGUCGACAAACACUGUUGAGAGCACUGCUGGGCUUCUGAAGUAUUUCAGCGUUACCAAAGAGCUGAAUAAAGAGCAGCUCCUCCACGAGAAAUUUUGUCACCUUGUGGCAAUCGAUGGCUUGGAGGGCAGAACCGGCGCACGCUACAAGGAGGCAAACGCACUGGCGGCCAAAUUUCGCGAGAUCAAGAGCUCUCUGAACCCCGGAGAGCAGCUUGAGGCCAUGGAUGCUGCACAAAGCAUCCUCAACAAGCUGGAGCAGGUUCGGCAGCUCUUUGAAAUUAAAGGUCUCGACGCGGAUGAGGCGGAAGAGAUGUUCGAGGACAUCGACGACAGCUUGGAUGAUUUGAGGGAGCUUUGUCAAGCGAAGACCUUGAAAAGCAAGUUCCGGCAAGCCGGUCAGCAACUAAUCAUUGCGAAGCGCCUCGCCAAAGCAGGGCAGGAGCAAACGCGCAAGAGGCUUGUCAGAGAGGCUUUUCAGCGGUCCGUUCGCAAGGCACAGAACGUCCGUACGCUGUUCCGGCCUCGAAAAGACUCUGUUGCUUCGGGCGAGAAGCCCGUGAAGAGGGCAAGCUCCCCUACCUCUGACUUUUUUCAGAAGCUGCAAGCCAGCCAAGAGGACUUCAAGAAGAGAAGUGCCGAGUGGAAGCAGAGCCUUGCUGAGGAGGUCAUGGCCCUUGGUCAGCAGAUGCCCACCUCGCACCGAUCGGGGCACGUCGUCCAAGCUCCGCCCAAUACCCCCGGGGGGAACGACGUCAACGCCCAGGCGACGUCGUCCCCUUGCAAGGCAUCCGCUGCACCCUUCGUUUUCUCGGCUGCGGUCGACCAACGCCGCAAUAGCCUUAGUGAGCGCAAGCGGCGCGAUUCUCAGGUGGCAAUAACCUCCUUCGAUUUCCUGUCGCAGGAUCAACACCUAGACCGUGGUGUAUUAGCUGAGAAAAGGAAGAAGGUCCAAGCCAAGAUACAGUACAUGCAGUGGCUGUGCGACAGUUCAGGUAGUCAGGAACCCGGUACGCCGCAGGGUUUCCACGGCGUGUCGGCACUGUCUGGCAACACCAGGGCCGGGCAGACUGGAGACUGGAGAUCGCCGAAGGCCGGAAGCAUUUCCGCUCCGACUAUGUACGAGCUUCCGCCGCUUCCGCAGUACCCUCAUGGCUCCCCUAAGGGGGCAGCUCCGGGACUCCUGUCACCUCGCCCACCACCCGGUUCACAGCAAGGCCUGCACAGCCCUAACGGCCUCAACACAGCACCGCGCAGCCCAAACACCCCACGCCUGGCCAGCCAGUUCUUCCGAAAGAACACCGGGGAACUGCACGGCCGCCAUCCCCAACCUGUAUUGCCAAGCGCAUCCCCAAGCGGAGGAAGCCAACGCACGGGCAUGAGCUUCAUGAGAGCCAGGAUUCCUUGGUCAGCCUUCCGACUCGGAAACCCACUCGCAAAGCUGUCGCCGACGGUCCAGACCAAGGAUGGCACCGGCACUUUCGGAGGCGCAUCUGACUUUGGUGAUGGUGCUGCCGGAGGUCCUGAUGUGGAACAUGGCGGCGGUGGCUGCUGGGGAGAUCCUUAUCCGGUUGAAGCCGCGGUUCGCUCUGCUGGCGGCGGCUCCAACAGAGCAGAGAAUGCUAAGGCAACACCAUCCAGCUCCGAGGAAUCAUCACCGCGGAGCCGCGCUCCAAAGCUGUCCAAUGACAUCAACGCAUCUCCAGAACUGUCCCGAUCCCCUUUGCAUCACGCCACGGCUACUACAAGGACCGUGCCGCAGACAAAGAGGCCGCCGGAAGAUGCGCCGGCCGCUGCCAAGCAGUCCCAGCUUCAUGCCUUCCAACCCACGCCUUCCGGGAACCCCGGAGACUCACGCACAGCAAAUGCUAGAAGUUUCACGGCGACUGCUGGCCAAGCCACAGCUCGCCCACCCAACAACCAUUUUUCCGGUCAGAGCGCCCCCAAAACCGAGAAAGGCCAGGAAACCUCAGCGGCAGGUCGUGCAAAGGCAGACCCACCAAGAGCUCCAAGCCCUUUGAGUGAUGUGGGGGACUUUGAAAAUGCCAGCGGCGAUCAUGAUUUGGUAUCGAACCAGUGGGACUCCUACGAAAAAUACCUGGCAUCCAGCUCGGUGAUUCCGAAGGACCUGUCUUCGCAGGGACGAUCAGCUGCUCAAGGCCGCUCUCGCCAGCUGCCCACACCGAAGACCACUCCCACUGCGGCGAGCAGCCGGCCCAAAAUUGGAGACGAGGCCUUCGUGCACGACUCCAUGCCUUCGCCGAGACCUGUGAGCACAGGCACCCCGAAAGAGGGAAAGCAGACGCACACGAAGGCGGCGAUGGUGAUGGCGGAGUUAGAGACGCUGGUGGUCGAGCAGAAAUCCAGCCAGGCGUCCUUCGCUGCAUCCGCCUUCCUGGCAACUGUGGGUCUGGAUGUUCCGCUUGAUCCAACCGACAGUCCGAAGCCUAUUCCUCCAAAAGUUCAGACAUAUUCGGGCCUGCUGGAAGCGAAGACAAGUGUGGUGCACUUCGUUGCACGUGCCGAGGAGGCGAUCGAGGACCUGGAGGAUCCACAGGAGGCUUUGCAGAAGCUCAUGAAGCUGGAUCGGGCUCUUGGCUUCCUCGAGCACGUGGGCAUCCUCGAGUCCUGCUUGCAAGGGCCACCGGUGGAGCUCGAGCUUCCCUCGCGGGGCUCUGACUAUGACUGGAACGAACAUGUCGGGAGCCUGCGACGGGUGAAGAGCACUUUGUCUUCAUCCGACAAGUGGCAGCCGCUGGAAACGUCUGGCUCCAAUCCAAGUUUUCAAGAGACGAGCCAGAUCUCGACCAGCAGAACCCUGCAUCCAGAGCGUUUGGAAUGGAUACAGGAGUCCCACGCAUCAUUAAGAGCAUGCAGAAGCCAGCAUGCAGAGUUCGCCCCGCAACGCAAGACUCUGGAGACAACUUUGAAGGAGAGACACCAGAGAGGAGUCCGACUUGCUUGCGUACGUCCCGAGCUGAGCCACAUGUGGCAGGAAUAUUGCCGGCUGGUCUGGAAGGAGGACUCAGGUCAACAGCUGUCCUUCAGUGCUUCCCGGUCUGUACUGCUGCCGGGCCUCUGUUAA